AUGCAACGGCACAACAGGUACGAGGUCGAUCCUGCCGAGCGGGAGCCUCUCGAUUACUCUGGAGACUCCCACUUCCAAAGUCAGCCACCAGCUACCACCCACUACGACGACCGCAGUCAAUACCAUCAACAACAACAACCACAACAACAAAACCACCGCCAUCACCACCAACAACAGGAGGACUAUUACGACCAAGAACACACCCGCGACCGGUACGACGACAGUGGGAACCAUCGCCAGUCCCCUUCACCUCCGCGUGGCGCUGCCGGCACCUAUCGACCCGACGCAGACUUUGACGCAUCCCUGGAUCGUCUGCGAGCUGACCGAAGGAACGAUCGCGACCGUCACCACUGGCCCGGAGCUGCUUCACCAAACCCCGAUAUAGUCUCACCUCUGUCGCCGCCACAGCCAGCUGACAGCAGCUACUGGGGCCAGGAGCACGGGGGCCGAGCGAGACCUCCUAAAAGCAACGUCACGCCAGGCGCAGACAAUUUUAGCGCCUCCGCCGGUGGUGGCAUGGCUGGAAUCGCCUACCAGGUAGCCGACCGCAACGCUAGAGAGAGCGGAUUAGAGGCCAUGAGGGGCACCGACCCAGACCAACCAAACUUCCCGGAGCAGGCGUAUCACGGUGCACAAAACGGCCAGAGUCAAAAUGGGGACAGAGAUUCUCAUUCUAGUCUCACUGGCCUCGGUGCCUCCGGCAUCCCUCCAGGCAGAUCAACACCAGGCAACGUCACGCCUUCGAGGAGCCCCUUGAGUAGCAGCGGCGUGUACACUGACGACCCGUACUCAGGCUUUUCGAGAUCAAGCCUACCUAAUCUUGGCGUCGUCAACCCGCAUGACAUUUUCGAUGACGGGGACGACGGGCUCGAUUACGGUAGGAGAAACCACCGCACAUCAAUGUUGAGCUUGGGAGCAUCUAGCAACAGGAGUGGCAGUAAUUUGGGUGCUGCUGCCGCAGGCGCCGGUGCUGGACGGGCUGGUAGCGGUUCCAGGGCUGCUACGUAUGGUCCUGUCAAUAGCAAUUCCCCGUAUGAGGAGACACACAACCUCGGUGCCGAGAAGAACUGGGGCGAGAAGCCCAAGGGCAAGUCAAAGGUGUGGAGGCUCGUCGUUAUUGGGAUUGUAGCUGUUGCCAUCAUUGCCGCCUUGGCGCUGGGCAUCGUCUUCGGUGUGGUCCUGAAGGAUGGCGGCGGUGGCGGCGUCGUCAACCCUGGGCAGACGGCUCAAGAGGAUCAGGCUGCAAAUGGAGACCUGACCGCGGACAGCAAAGAGAUCAAGUCUCUGAUGAGCAAUAAUCAGCUGCACAGAGUAUUUAUGGGUAUGGACUACACGCCACUUAACACUCAGUACCCGGACUGCCUCAAGUUCCCACCGUCGCAGAACAACGUCACACGCGACAUCGCCGUCUUGUCCAAGCUCACCAACAUUGUUCGUACUUACGGCACCGACUGCAACCAAACUGAGAUGAUCAUCACGGCGAUCGACAGGCUCAAGCUUAAGGGCAAGAUGAAGAUGUGGCUCGGAGUCUGGCAGGACAAGAAUGAGACAACAAACGCGCGCCAACUGGGUGAGAUGUGGAACACCCUCGAUCACCACUCAAAGGAUGGCCGCAAGCCGGAAGACUACUUCAAAGGUUUGAUUGUGGCCAACGAGAUUUUGUACCGCAAGGAGAUGACUAGUUCUCAGCUCCAGCUUCUGUUGUCUAACGUGAGAGCCAAUCUGACAACUAAGGGCAUCAACCUUCCUGUGGCGACGUCGGAUCUUGGCGACGACUGGAGAAACAAAGAUUUGGCCGACGCAUCCGAUUACAUCAUGGCGAAUAUCCAUCCUUUCUUCGGCGGAACUCCAGCAGAUAAAGCCGCGACAUGGACGAAAGAGUUCUACAAUAAUUGGGUCAAGCCGAAUGAGAAGACACAGACUGAUAGGAAUGUCAUCGCGGAGUAUGGGUGGCCGUCUCAGGGCGGGCAGCGAUGUCCAGUAGACGAUCCAAACUGCCUGAAGCCCGCGGUGGCAGACGUCAAGGAGCUUAAUAAGGUUCUGGAAGACUGGGUGUGCCCAGCGCUCAACAAUGGGACAAACUACUUCUGGUUCUCGGCGUUUGACGAGCCGUGGAAAAUCAGGUUCAACACGGCGAAGGAGAAUUGGGAGGAUCACUGGGGGCUCAUGACUGUGGACAGGCAACUCAAAAGCGGGAUAACAAUUCCGGAUUGUGGUGGCAAGGAGGCGCCGGCCGCUUGA